CGGUACUCGCCACCAUCGGCAGCCGCAGCUCAGGCCGAAAAAAUAAACACAGUUUUCUGCCUCCGUUUCAGCCGCAUUUUAAUCGCGUCAGUGUUUCGAGUGUGUGUAAAAAUGAAGGAUAUCAGCGGAAUUGGUCCUAUUGACACUAGACAAUUCAUUGAUGAGGUGCGAAAGCGGAAAGCGAUAUGGGAAGUAUCUGGACGGAAACGCGGAGAUAAAAUGUUACGAAGAAGUCAAUGGGAGGAUUUGUGUGUAACUUUGAUUCCAGAAUUCAGCCAGCAAUCCAGUCGGGAAAAGACUGUAAUACGACUACACAUGCAGAAGAAGUGGAAGCAUAUUCGAGAUGCUCUUAUUAAAUCGUUGCGAUGUCGUGGCCAGAGAAUGAAGCCAUAUGCUUACGAAGAAAACCUCGCCUUUUUGAAUAUAUCGUCCCAAGUUUUCUGUGGUAGCACGAUGUCUGAGUUACAGAGGAACGAGCUGGUUGACAGUGAUUCCAAAGAUAGUUCUGAUGAUCAAAGCGUUGACAGUGAAGUAACUCAGGAUUUUGAUCAAGUCGAUACACCACCGACAAUUCAUAAUGGUAGUGAAACUACUAAGGAAACUAGAAAUGAGUCAAACUUUUACACCGUGAUGAAAUCCUUGCAUGAAACUCCAAAACAAAAGCAACCGAAUGCAGGCAGCGAAUGUGAUGAUAUGCACUUUUUUCGCUCCCUGAUGCCAAUGGUUGAACCGCUUUCGUUACGCCAGAAAAUGAAAUUUCGAAUGGAAAUUAUGCAGAAGGCAUUGGAAAUUUCAAAUAAUGACAAACCAACACCAAGAGUCUACGAAACAUUACGGGUGACACACGAACCAUCCACAUCCGGUAGCUCAACUGAAGCCACGAAACGUCCAGGUACUGUUGGCCUGAACGAUAGUGGUAGCUCAACUUCCAAACGUCUGAAGGAAGAAGUAUGCGAAAUAGAUGAUGAUAAUUAUUUUGAAGAUAGCUUUGAGUGAUAUUAAAUUUAUACCUUUACUUGUAUUGCUAAAAUAAAUUUAA